UCCCAAAGAACAUGAGUUUGUGGUAAAAUAAGAGAUUUGGAUCUUGGCCAACAGCUAGGGUGCUUCCACUUCGUCUCUCCACCCCAGUCACUUAGGUUAAGUCAAUAUUUAUGUGUACUGGACCUGAGAGGCCCCCAGACUUGGCUCUUAUUUUUUCACAUCCCUGUCUUCCUCCCCUUCCCCCAUUCCUCUUCCUAAUUCGUUCAGUCCCCACGCCCACACACUCAAAGCCAACCCAUCUGGCUUUGAUUAUCCUGUUGCUGCUGGACUCAGCCGCUGCCUCUGUUUCAGGGACCCCGACAUCUCUUCCCCCUAGCCAUGCUGCCUUUUAUCCCACUCUUCGUUCUGGGGCCUUUAUUUACUUCCUUCACCCUGCUAUCCCUCACCCAGGCCCAGGGAGCUCCUGCCCAGAGCCCCAACUACACCAGACCCGUGUUCCUGUGUGGAGGGGAUGUGACCGGGGAAUCAGGCUACGUGGCAAGUGAGGGCUUCCCCAAUCACUAUCCCCCUAACAAGGAGUGCAUCUGGACAAUCAUGGUCCCUGAGGGUCAGACUGUUUUUCUCUCCUUCCGAGUCUUUGACUUGGAAUUGGAUCCCUCCUGCCGCUAUGAUUCCCUAGAGAUUUUUGCUGGGGCAGGGACAUCAGGCCAGCGUCUUGGACAUUUCUGUGGGACCUUCAGGCCAGGGCCUGUGGUUGCCCCUGGCAACCAGGUGACACUGAGGAUGAGGGCUGAUGAGGGGACAGGAGGACGAGGCUUCCUGCUGUGGUACAGUGGGCGGGCUACCAAUGGCAAUGAGCAUCAGUUUUGUGGGGGUCGGCUAGAGAAGCCCCAAGGUACCCUGACCACACCCAACUGGCCUGAAUCUGAUUACCCUCCUGGAGUCAGCUGUUCCUGGCUCAUCAUUGCUCCUCCAGAACAGGUGAUUUCUCUGACUUUUGGGAAAUUUGACCUGGAACCAGACACUUAUUGUCGAUAUGAUUCAGUCAGCAUUUUCAAUGGAGCGCAAAGUGAUGAUUCAAAAAGAGUGGGGAAAUAUUGUGGGGACACUGCCCCAAGUUCCAUCACCUCAGAAGGAAAUGAACUCCUGGUCCAGUUUGUCUCUGAUCUCAGUGUCACUGCUGAUGGAUUUUUUGCCUCCUAUAAAGCCCAACCCAGAGGAGCUGGGAAGGAGGGAAUUAUUUCCAUGGGGAACAAUCAACCAGUCCCAGCUUCUCCACAACCACUACCUAAAGUCAAACCUCCUACCAAACCCCAGGCCCCAGUCCAAGAAAAUUUAAAACCUACCCUUGCCACAGAGUCCGAUACUCCUAAGACUCCCUGCCCAAAACAAUGUAGAAGAACAGGCACUCUACAAAGCAAUUUCUGUGCUAGUGACUUUGUGGUGACAGGGACAGUGAAGUCAAUGGUUCGAGGUCCUGGGGAAGGCAUCACUGUUACCAUCACUCUCACUGGUGUUUACAAGACAGGGGCUCUUGUCCCGUCUUCCACCUCCAUUGGAUCCCCACUUAAAUUGUAUGUACUCUGUCGGCAGUGUCCCCCAAUAAAGAAAGGGGCUAGUUACUUGCUGAUGGGUAGUGUGGAUGAAGAAGGAAGAGCAGUCCUCCACCCCAACAGUUUUGUGGUCCUAUAUCGACCAAACCAGGACCAGAUCCUUACCAACAUGAGCAAAAAGAAGUGUCCUUCCCAGCUUCCAGCCAGGGCCUGAGAUGACUACACCAAAUUACCUAAUUUCCUCCUUACCUCCAAACUUUCUCUAAUAAAUACAAAUAAAGUUCACCUAGACAAAGAAAAGAAACAGAA